AUGCCUUUGAAGCAUGCCAUCAAGGUCGUGUUAGCAGUUGGAGAAGCUUUUGGUAAAGCUCUAGGAAGAGCGGUAAAAGAGGAAAUUCGACAGAGUCAGCAUGCUGCUGAAAGAGUUGCUACUAGUACAGGACAAUCUGGGAGUGAAGCGAGAGAUAAUGCUACAAGUAAUGCCAAACUCGGAAUUACAUUAGAGGAAUCUUUACAAAUUUUGAAUAUCAAAGCACCUCUGAAUGCAGAAGAGGUUACCAAAAACUAUGAACACUUAUUCCACGCGAAUGAUAAAGCUAAUGGUGGAACACUGUAUCUCCAAUCAAAGGUUUAUCGUGCGAAGGAGAGAAUUGAUGAAGAGCUUAUGCGACAGGAAGCCAAGCAGAAUAAAGAUUCCGAGAAUCAAGAGAAGUCUCAGUAG